CAUAACAAACAUGGCGUCGCCGGAGCCGCAUCAAGACCGUGAAUCACUGAAGAUCAAUAUUAGCCAAGAUGAUGGGGGCAAGAAAUCUGCUCCAAUAUCUUUCGGCUUUAGUAAAACAUUGAGCAAGGUUAAAUCCGGGAAAGCGGAGGAGCGAGAUUAUUUAGUUGAAGUCGAAGGGAAAGAACUAAAAGGAACCAAACCGGUGGAGAAACCGAAGGAGCUGGUCAUCCCGUUGAUCCACAAGAACCGCUGGUACCGGCAGGAUGCUGAGCGAGGGGACAAGAGCGGCGAAGACAACAAGACCAAAGAUUCGUCCCAGGGAGAGCAGGACACUGUGGAGUCUCAAGCCGUCAAAGAACUCAUCGAAGAGUCUCAAAAGCACCAGGAGAGAUGGAAGAACGGACCGCAGAUGGAUCCAAACUUUGCCAUUCCUCUUCUCAUGCAGAACCAGGCCCCUCAGGGUUUUGAGGAUGGAGACAAAGUCAAAGUGGAUUUGCGACCAGAGUCGUCCACAGAGGCUGACUACGAUCGUGUUCCUGUGGAGGCUUAUGGGUUGGCCAUGCUGAAGGGAAUGGGCUGGAAGCAAGGAGAAGGAAUCGGACGCACAUUUAAACAAGAUGUGAAGCCCAUAGAGCAUCAGUUAAGGCCUAAAGGGCUGGGUUUGGGUGCUGAUCGCUCUGCUAUUAAAGACCUGGAGCCCGGUGUCCCCAAGAGACCCCCUAAACCCGGUGAGGAGAAGAAGGAAGAGGAGGCGCUGGUUCUGGGACCUGGAGGAUGUGUGCAGGUCCUGGCUGGAGCCCAUAAAGACCUGUACGGGAAGAUAGAGGGAGUUGAUCCAGAUAACGCCAGGGUCGUAGUCAAACUUGCCAUCGGUGGCAAGACAGUAACCAUCAUUCAGCACUCUUUAAAACUAGUCACCCGUAAGGAAUACGACAAAUACAGCAAAGAUCUCAGUCGUCUUAGUAAAGCACACAAGGAUAAAGAAAGAGAAAAAGAGCGGGAGCAGCAGAGGGAACGAGAGGAGAGGUUAAACGGCAAAGAUGACAGAGGAAAAACAGACAGAGAUAGAGAUCGAGAAAGGGAGAAGGACAGAGACAGAGAUCAGAAGAAAAGGAAACACAGAGAAUCAAGUACAGACAGAGAGAAACCUCCUCCAGCAAAGGAGUCACGGCCCUCACCUCCAGUCCCCUCAUGGCUCCAAAGGGACCUCCGUGUGCGUUUCAUAGAUAAAGCAUUCAAAGGAGGCAAAUACUACAACUCAAAGAUGAGAGUCGAGGACGUCCUGACACCUCACACCUGUGUGUGUCGUACAGAAGAGGGCAGACUGCUGGACGAUAUUAGACAGAAGAUGCUGGAGACCAUUGUACCCAAGAAUGACUCAGACUACAUUAUGGUGGUUCUGGGAGAACACAGAGGACAGGUGGGCCGCAUCCUGAAGCGAGACCGAGAGAAAUGUCGAGCCAUGGUUCAGCUGGACCGUUACGAGGAGCAGUUGUUCACUCUCGACUAUGACGCCAUCUGUCAUUAUGUGGGCGGAACAGAACACUGAGAAGCCAAUCGGAUUAUACGACACACCCUUCAUCGUCCCAACCUUAUUCUGACAGCAACAUGAGUGUGAUUGGCUGCUUUUUCCCUUCAUUGCUAGAGACCAACAUAUCAGAUAUAUCACAUUUUUUAAUACAACCAAGACUUAAUUUAUUUUGCUAGUUGUGGUGUUGUAUUUUAAAUGCAAGUCGUACUUGUUGAUCCGCUAUGACAGUUGUGCAUCUGCAUAACUGGAUGAUCUUAAAGCAACAAUAAUAUCCUGCUAGUAAGAGUCUGUUAUGUUGUCAAAUGGAAAAAGUGCCAUGUUUCUCUGUAUAGUGAUAGUGAACAUUUACACAGGUUCAUCAGUUCAGUAGCAUCAGCGUUUGAGUGUCUGCUGCUGAUCAGGGAAAUUACAUACAAUCCAGUGUAAUUAGGGAUAAAACAUCUCACUGCCAGUUAAUUAGAAUCCAAACACUGUCGAAACUGUGCUUUGGUUUCUUAGUCCAAUAAAGAUUUCAAUUUAUGUACAAAGUUAAACAGAAGCUACCUAGAAUUUCCACUCAUGUUAUGUUUUUAUAAUAAAAUGUUACAAUUUCUUCAGUAUA